AUGACCGACAACCGCAUAACUCUGCUCUGUAUUGAAAAUGAAGAGACUACACCAUUCUCUGUCGACAUCGAUCCAUCAAAGACAGUCGAUCACCUCAAGGUGUCCAUCCAUGCCAGACUGGAAAUUGAUACACCGUCUAAGGAUCUCACCCUCUGGCACGUCUCCAUUCCUCUUGUUCCUCUGAAGGAGCGCAGGCCUAUCGUCCUCACCGAGCACAACUGCCUGCCCUCUCUUUCCAUACAAUUAGGCGAUCUCCAUACUAACAUCAAAAGGAUCACAGACAAGUUCUUUGCUCCUGGACCAGUUGUCGACUUUCUCGGCGCGUUUGUGAAGGGCGAAGGGGCGCUACCUAUUACUUCAGGAUCCAUUCGUGGUUUACCAAGAGCGUGGCGUCGUGGAUUCGGAAUAGCACUUGAGAACCGGCCGAGUCUGCUGUUCAUGGACCUCCCCGACCCAUCCACGCCUGACUCGGCAUCAAGGAAUCAUGCGGCAGGAUCUAUUCUCGAACUUGUGAAAGAAAACAACCGUUACCAUAUAUCCGUCUUUGGCGUCUCUGGCUGUGGCAAGACCCGUGCAGUGAUCGAGCUUCUAUCCCAGCACUGGGGGUUCUACUUCAAUGCUUCUAAUGACGAUUGA